AUGGCAGCCAUUGCAGACAAAUCAUUUACUAGAUUUGCACACUCGUCCCAAAGUCACCCGUUGAUAUGCGGCGUGCAUGAGCAAAGGGAGCGUGACUUCUCCUUUCUGAUUCAGCAAGUCGAGGACCAUGUCUCAAUCUUGGAAAAUCAUCGCCAACAACUUGCUAGUGAGCUUCAUGUUCUGCGAGAAUAUUCAUGGGGCUUGUAUCGAGAGUAUAAGAGGGUCCUGAGUAAGCUGGAAGAGUUGGGAGCUGAGGAUGGUCGAUCUCCUUUGGCGGGAGGGAUUUCCACUUUGCAGUGA